AUGGAUUCGAAUACGAUGGUGUGUUGCAGUGAGCAGACCGAGGUUGUGCCUGAAAUAGUUCCUUUGCCGUUGUACAAUGCCGAAGAAAGCAAAUUGCGAGCAACACUGUCAUGGCUCAUUUCGAAGGCUUACGGGCAAAGUCCUCCAGACGUAUUGCGAGAUCCGUUCUAUCGAGACGAGCAGCAACUACUUCAACUGAAGCCGCCGCUGAUCAACGUUCUGGUAUCCAGCGAGCUGUACUGCACGGCGGCCGCCGUGAUCUUCCACGAUGCGUCGUUCAUCAGUCAAGAUCACAAGGCGAUCCUGCAUUCGCUCUGCCGAUAUUCGAUCCAAGUGCAUGACUGCGAUGACCAACCCGUCACUGAAACCGUGCUGACGCAGACUGCGCCGUUUCGAACGACUGCUCAUCUUGCCUUGAUCGACGGCUUGAUGCUCGCUUAUGCUCGCGAACUAAUUAAUGUGGACAAAGUGGUUAAAGCUUUAAAGAAGCAAAUGGUAGUGCAAAAAUCAGAGAUACCUAGUAGCAUGGAAGAUGCAGCGCUUUUUUGGAUAAACAAGGUUUGCGCUAAAGUGCGUGACAAGAUGGAAAAGUCAGAGCUUUACAACGAACAAGAGGUGCCAGUGGUGCCCGAAAUGGAUGACCUUUAUGAGGACAUCUGCGACGGCGCUUGCAUCGCGACGCUGGUGUCGUUUUACCGGCCGACUCAGCUGUCGUUUAAAGACAUCGCUUUCAGCGACACCAUGAGCAUGUCUGACUGUGUGCACAAUCUGUGGUUGAUCAAGGAGUUCUGCAGUAAGUACGUACAGACGAACAUUUUCCAUUUCACUCUCGAAGACCUGUUGUACACGCACGAAAGUCUGAAAGCAAACAUCAACGUCUUCGUCGCAGAGCUGUUUCAUGAGUUCGAAAAGUCUGCUGACGCUGAAGUGUCAGUACCAUCCGGAGGAGCCUUUCUUGGCAAGCGCAUUUUCAGCAGGGUCGAAAUUCCGGAUUUGAGAAAGUCAGAUAGGGAUAACAGGUUCAACAUCCGAACUGCGAAGCAGUACGGUGAAUCGGCUUCGACUUUCCGUGCGGCAUCCGACAGCACGUUUACAUCUCGUAUGAACUCCGUCGACUCCCUGAUAACCGACAGGAGCGUCGAUUCGAUCAAAUACCAUCCGUACAAAGGAGCGAUUUCAGAGUACCAGGAAAAACUCACCGCGUUUGAUGACAGUGCGAAAAGUAAGUCAACGCGGACGAUCACUUUUACGGAUAUCAGUGGCCAGAAAUCCAAAUCGGCAUUGGCGGCUAAAGAAAAGACGCUGAACCCUUACAGCCGGUCAGAGACGAUGCCUGCUUCACUGAGCAAGAAUACGCCUUCGAUCAUCCGACUGCAGUUGGAGGAGAAGCGGCGUCAGUACGAGGCGCAGCGGCUGCAGAUGAGCGUCGAUCUGGUGAACCAGCGACAGAAGCUGAGCAAAGAGGCGUUCUUUCAGUUGUUGGGAAAGGCUUGCUCUCAGAAGAACAUUUCCAACAAGGACGAACAUCAAAAGUCGCCGAUCAAAGAUGGCGUCAAAACUUUGCCGCGCGAUGCAAAGACCGAGAGGAGCACGAACGUUUCGGACGGCUCAGUUAGCGGCAUUGAUCUUGGUGAACUGACGCGCAACAUGAUGGAGAUGAAGGAACAGAUGAAGCGAUUGUCGUUUGAACAGGAAAGGUUACAGAAGAUGGUGCACGUCAAGGAGGCAACGUCGCCAAAGUUCUCUGAUGUUGAAAGUUUUCCUACUAGCGCCCCUGCCGCUGCCACGUCAUCUUCCACCGCUGUCAUCAUGCCACAGCCUCAGGUGGUGUACGUCUCGUCGAGCAUUCCCGCUUGUUCGCAGCCAGCGGUGGCGGCGACCGUCAUGCAACCAAACUUUAUAAUUCCUAACGUUAACCCACCUUUCCUCGACGCCUCUGGCAGCGGCAGUUUUGCUUCAUUCCAUUUACAUUCAGACGGAGAACCCCCCAGUCGUCUCGAUCCGUCUUUAGAAUUGACGAAAAACUUUAAUAAUUGGGGUAUGACGUACAAAAUGGUGAAAGGCCCUCGGAAGACUUGGGACAGCAAUGUGAUAAAUUCAGGUGUCCCGAGGAGUGCCACAUCCCAGCUUCAAACGGACCAACGGGCGACCGCCGUUACGGCCAUGGACAAUAAUUAUACCUCGUUCAAUGUGCCCUCUGCGAACAGUUUCACGCAGAGAGUCUCAGCCUCCGAGUCACCGGCCGCGCCACGACACAGCACACCCCGAGUCGUUUCUGGACAUUUGCCUUCUGAUUCGACCACUGGUUCGAAUGUGGCGAUAGACGGUGCUUCCCCUGAUUACGCGUCAUCCACCACUACCGCUAAUGCUGCAAGCGAGGCCACUCCCGUUUCUUUCGUGUUAACACCUGAAAAGCCGACCGAAGGACGUGACGAAAAGGAGAGUUCACCCAGCGUUGGUUUCAUAAUCGCCGCAUCGGACACGAGUAGGGACGAGGAGGUUAUUCGCCGCCGGGAGCAAAUACUAGCCAACGCGAUACGGCGCCGCGAAGAGUUGGAAUCGAAAAAGGCUAAACUAGAAGCACAGAACGCCUUUCGUCGUACCGCUCAGCAGAAGAAACAAGAGGAAGAAGAGCAGCGGCGGAGAGCGAAGGAGUUGCACAGGCAGAGAGUAUUUGAAGAAUAUCAGCGGCGUAAAGCAGAAAAAGAAAAGAACGAUCAGAGCUCGAACAAUAGCCUGGCUUCUACACCUGUGGGUAUAGGUUCAAAAGGGAUCAUGCGUUUGAACCGAGGACACUCGCAACCGCCUAUUCGGCCGAAGUCCCAGGUUCUGUUUAAUGCAGAUAGCUACGCUGCGUCCCCGUCAAAUACACCGACGUGGUCAUUGAACAACAUCGAUCUGAUUAAUUCGAACAAAACUCCUGUGUUCGCUGAAACAUGUCCGGAGUCAUCAUCGAUGGAACCUGCGCUCAAACUGUACGUCAGACCUUCGCAAAAAUCGAAUCGGAGCAUCGUUUGUAAUGCCAUACAGUACAGCGUACUCGCAGGAUCUGUGAACGAUGAAACGAAGAAGAAAGUUUUGGAAGAACUUGCAAAGAGUGACAGCAAACAUUUCUUGCUUCUAUUCCGUGAUCAAAAGUGCCAAUUUCGAGGCCUGUAUAGUUGGGAUCAAGUAUCUGGCACAGUACACAAGUUGUAUGGAUCUGGUCCAAAGGCGUGUACGGAGGCGAUGAUGAAUCUUAUGUUCAAGUACAAAAAUCUGUCUUUACUUCUGAGAAAGUUACUAAAUUUAGAAAUUUAUAGGUACGACUCCGGUGCCAAGCAGUUUGGAUAUAUUCCCACGAAGCACCUCACAGCAACCAUCGACGGGUUUACCAUUAAAGACGAGUACUGGCAGAAGAAACCUGUUCCAUAUAGUUAUCAUCGCUGA